ACCUUCCCAUACUCACUCACCAUUCAUGAACAAAUCAUGUCCUUCUCUCUCUCUCUCUCUCCAUAUAUAAAUAAAUGUCAAUAAGUUUAGAACUCCUCAGAAGCAAGAGAAAUACAGGUGUGAGGUGUGUAAGGUGUGACUUAUGCCAUGAAGCUCAAGCAAGAAAUGGAACAGAAAAAGAACAUCACCAACAACAAUAGCAAAGAAGAUAGGUACCUGGGUGUUGCAAUUCACAGCCAAGUGAGAAAGAUCAAGCAAGAAAUGGAGAGGAUCAAACACCCAUCGCUGGAGCAGCCAGAGAUACGGCCAGUUCUUUGGGAGAUCACCAGGCAGAAGCGCUCUCGCUCGCCACUGGGAUUAGCUGAAAGAGAAAGACCCAUCUCUGUUGCAAACUAAUAGAAAAGAAGUAUAUCUGAUAGUAGAUAGAUGUUCCUGGCCAUGGGUCAUGGGUGUCUAUUUUGAAUUAGAUAGUUCUUUCUAUUCCAAAGUUUUCUUGUUUUUCCUAUGUUCUGGGAUUCAUUUCCAGUUGUACAUAUUUGAUGCACGAGAUAGUUAAGAACUUUCUUGAAGGUUCACUACUCUUUCCAGUCCUCUAAAUUUUGAGCACUUUUUUUUUUUUUUUGGGUAGUGAGCUCUGGUUCAUAACUUCAAAUUUUGCAGAAGGAUAGAAAGAUCAGAGGUUCUUUUACUGGGUUCUUUCCUUUUUCUCUUUUUCAGUGCUCUAAUACAUGGCUCAGAUGAAUAUCAAUCACUGGAGACAUCAAAGAAUAAGUUCUCUGCCCCUUUUCUUAUCUGUUCUCUCCAUCCCUGCCUCCACCUCUUCUUCCCAAAUCUUCAGUUCCCAACACUGACAGAAAAAGGAAAUUCAAACCCAUAAAAGAAUUGAAAUUAUGCAUUUGGAAGAGAAGAAUUCUGUAUAUUCUUUUGCCAUCAUAUUUUCAGGGAGUAUUUAUUUUUUAUUUUUGUGUAUACAUCGAAUGAAUUAAUAAUAUAAUGAAUAAUCAAUUAUUACAAUUUUUGGAAUGAUUCAUCCACAGAGAAGGAAACACCCACAAAAAAUGUCCGAAAGAGAGCACAAUUGAAUCCCCAAGAGCAACAAGGAUUACAUAAGAAAUCAACCUUUACUUGUUAUAUGGGUUGACCCUUUAACUUCUUAGUCAGCAGAAUCGUGAGAGAAUUCUUACGGAAUAAGCUAAGUUCAGUUUUUUUUUUCAAUUAACUUUUGUCAAAUGCGAGAUUUAACCCAUUGAUCUCUUAAUUGAGAGAAUAUUAAAAGAAUCAAGACUCAAGAGUGACCAACUGGAUUAUACCCGAUUGAUUUCAUAAUUCCAUGGAUUUGGUUACCAGUUUAUAGCUUAAGUAUUUUGUUCAGAGACUAUCACUUAAGCAAAAU